AUGUGCUUAACGGCAACAAAACUUGUUCUAUACGGAGAUUACAUUUCUCCGUAUACUAUCAGCACCACGCACGCAAUGCUUGAGAAAGGCAUAGACUGGGAGUACAGACAUGUCAAUAUUCUUAGGUCCGAGCCUCGAAGUCCUGAGCACCGAAAACGGCACCCAUUUGGCAAGAUCCCCAUUUUAGAUGUGGUGAAUGAUCGAGGGGAGACAGUGCUUCGAAUUCGCGAAAGCCGGGCAAUUGCCCGCUAUAUUGCCAUUGCUUUCCAUGGUAAGGGAAAUGAUCUGAUGCCAGAUAUCAGCAAUGUGAGCGCAAUGGCUACUUUUGAGGAGGCGGCGUCAAUUGAAGCCUCAUAUCUCGCUACCAAGUCAUUCCAAUACGGCUCGAGUAUAAUCAUCAGGCCUCUAUUGGGAGUACCCUCCCUGGACAAAGAGACAAUGGAGGACAUCUGGAACGGAUUAAGUGAUGACUUGAAGGCCAUAGAUGAAAUCUUAUCUACUCGAAAAUAUCUCGCUGGGCCUGAUUUUACGCUCGCUGACGUCUGGUCGAUGCCUUGGGUGUCUACGCUUAUUGAUUUAAAGGGCGGGCGUGAUGGGCUUUUCUCUGAUCUACCGCACUUAAGACAUUGGUGGGAGAAAGUGAGCGUGAGACCGGCAUGGCAGGAGGCUUCUAAGCUGAUGCAUGAGGCGCUGGAGGCUAUGAAGGAGAAUGCUGGCAAAUCAGCGCAAGGCGAUUAA